UGCGGCACAGCGCAUUUAUGUCGCGAAGACGACGGCGGGGUGCGUCCCCAUUCUUCGUCCCCCAAAGCUCCGAAUAAAAUCUCUUCUCCCCCAGAAGAACGGAAUCAUUACAGAAAAUGAGAAGGCUUUCUGCUCUACUCCUCGGCUUCUUCGCGCUAACUGUCGAAUGCCUAGAAGGAGGAUCGGGUACCCGCGGCGGUGCCGUCUCGUCUUCUGCGGCGGUGGCCGGAGCUCGACGGCUACGGUUCGGGAAUAAGUCGGGGGAGUUCAAGAUACUUCAGGUGGCGGAUAUGCACUACGCGGAUGGGAAGGAGACGGGAUGCCUAGAUGUAUUUCCUGAACAGCUUCCGAUCUGCUCCGAUCUGAACACCACUGCUUUCAUCUAUCGGGUCAUUCGAGCUGAGAACCCUGAUUUCAUCGUCUUCACCGGU